AUGUUGACAUGCGUAAAAACUACACUUCCCCAAAGCUGUCACAGAGCGCUCCCGCCUCUUAUUGGCUGCUCGCUCCAGCCGCAGCCCCAGAGAAUGAAUGAAAUUGAAAUAGCUGCUACAUUACAUGUACAAUACCGGGCUCUGCAGUGUUGCAUUCUAUCAUACUAUAUCAAAAUGGCCACAGCGGUACAGAACCCCCUCAAAUCGCAAUCUGGAGGUGCAGUCAUCAAGAACAGUCUUGGUGAAGAGUUCUAUAAGGAGGCCAUCGAACACUGUCGCAGCUACAAUGCCCGUCUGUGCGCCGAGCGCUCCAUGCGUCUCCCCUUCCUGGACUCCCAGACCGGUGUGGCCCAGAGCAACUGUUACAUCUGGAUGGAGAAGAACCACCGUGGACCAGGUCAUGCUCCAGGUCAGUUGUACACAUAUCCUGCUCGCUGCUGGCGCAAGAAAAGACGGCUAAACAUCCUGGAGGACCCACGGCUUGUACCGAUCGAGUUCAAGAUUGACUACGAGGCCUCUCUAAAGAAAGAGGGGGGGAUCCCAGACGGUCCUGUGUUGGAGUCGCUGCUCGCUGGGGAAACCCUGGACAAGAAGGUAGAAACCAAGGAAGAAGAGCCAAUGAGCGAGUGUCAGAAGCUGCUGGUCGGGGAUUUCCCUCAUGAACUGGAGGUGGACGAGAUGGAGGAAGAUGUCCCAAAACGCAAGAACCGUACCAAAGCCCGUGCUUACGGUGUCGGGGGCAUGAGGAAGAGACAAGAGCCACCUGCCCUUGAAGAUAGAGACAAACCUUACGUCUGUGACAUCUGUGGAAAACGCUAUAAGAACCGUCCAGGGCUGAGUUACCAUUACACUCACACACACUUGGCAGAUGAAGAGGGAGAAGAAGACUCGGAGCGACACACACUACCCUUUCAGCGCAAGAACAACCACAAGCCCAAGAAAGCACCAGACGGCUCGGUGAUCGCCAACGGCUAUUGCGACUUCUGCCUCGGAGGCUCAAAGAAGACCGGCUGUCCUGAAGACCUUAUCUCCUGUGCGGACUGUGGACGCUCAGGCCACCCGUCCUGUCUGCAGUUCACAGUGAACAUGACGGCUGCGGUGAGGACUUAUCGCUGGCAGUGCAUCGAGUGCAAGUCCUGCAGUCUGUGUGGCACCUCUGAGAACGACGACCAGCUGUUGUUCUGUGAUGAUUGUGACAGAGGCUACCACAUGUACUGUCUGAGCCCUCCCAUGUCUGAACCACCAGAGGGGAGCUGGAGCUGUCAUCUGUGUCUGAGACAACUGAAGGAGAAGGCCUCAGCCUACAUCACCCUCACUUAAUCUGCGGAGCUGCGCCUCAUACUCUCAGCCCUUCAUCCUCUCCCAAACCACCUCUCCGUCACCCCUCUCUGUGCCUCAGCUGCCCCCUUCCUCCUCUGAUCCAUUCGCCGCCACUUCCUCUACAACUCGUCCCAGUGACCUUUGACACGACUGAGCACGCAGCACCCACAACGCCGCGCCCAUUCUUGAACGUCUGUCCAGCGGCGAGCUAACCUCCGUCCUUUUGUGUCACUCACAUUCCCUGAUGUGCUUAACCUGAAUACACAUUCCCCCAGUUUCCUGCUCUGUCUCAACAGAGGAAUUCAUCAGCUGGCAAGACGUUUGCUAGUGAGAAACACACUCCAGCCUGCCAAGGGCACUUCAGAGGCAUACUACUCCACAGGAACCCUCUUAAGGGCCCUUGGAAGAGCCCUAAUGAUCUUCAGCUGCAACUCAGUCAAGUAGUGAGUGAGAAUUAAUAAGAUGGAUAGGUGUUAGGCCGAGGACAGGGCCUGGAAGACCCUGGAUAAUCAUGGAGCAGUAUGUUUCAGUGUUAGCCAACUGUGAAAUAUACACCUAACCAAAAUUUCAUUUACUCCCUCUGUCCUUUACCGUGUACAGCAGAGCUGAGACGUUGAACUCUGCUCUGCUAUUUGUCUGCAGGGCUCGCUUCCCUGUGCCGUUUCAAAGGGGAAUGAAUUGUACAGAAUUCAGAUCGAUUCUCUAUCUACACACUCUUGAAAACUCCCCUCACUGGCAAACAAUGAGCAUCUGGUCAGGAACUCAGACCAUCUUUGACCUCACCGUGUCCUCUCCCCAUGCAUGUGGUUUCCACAAACGAAUGAUGCAUUUUGGGAUUGACACUGAAGGUUUUAGUGUUCGGAUGUGAUCCUCGGAUGAGAGGAGAGGUGGAUUUUUCUCUAAUCAGCUAUCUCUGAUCAAACAGUGUAUUUAAAAAUGACAAUUUAGGCUUAGCAUCUCUCACAAAUCCUUUACCUGACCUUUAUCCGCCCUUCACUUCUAUGAAACAAUGACUGUGAAGCCAGUGUGAGACUGAAACACUCCUGGUGCUUGGUGUGUAUUAUCUGUGUGUUAAGAAUGUAGGAUUGAUGUGUGGACAAUGCAGAUCUUGUCUGGCCCAUGCGGAGGCCGAAAAACUUCUUUUUUAUGAUUCUUCUUUUAUUUUGUUUCAUUUGCAUGUUGUUAUUUCAGUUGUUUUUAAAGACUUUUGAUUGAAAUUGAAAAGAAAGCACACUUAAUUCGCAAUAAUGUGUUUGUGAUAUGAACUAUUUUGGCCAAACUGGGUGUGUUUUAAACUGUGUGUGUGUGUGUGUGCCUGUGUGUCUGAUUGCGCAAGUUUAUCUGAGCACUACAAUUACUGUAGCCAGCUCCAUGUUAGGUGGUAUCUGUGAGAGGAUUUGAGUAGCACGAAGGUAAUGUGAAUGUAAGGAAGUCAGCAUUUUCCACGCUCAGGAAUUCUGACGGAGGUGGGAUAAAGUCAUUGUUUUGCAAAGUCUCAAGUCUUAAGUCAAGACCAACAAGUUAAGUUAAAGACAUAGUUUGACAUUUUGGGAAAUAGAUACAAAAUUUUAAGUGUAAAAAAAGUUAUGGUUUUACAGGGGUUACGGGCUGGACGCUUUCUUGGCAGUAACUCCAGGAAGUCACUGUGCCCAGUCUGGCACAUAAUCCACUGUAAAAUCACAAAUUCUCACUUUCCCCUUUUGUUUAUUAUGGAUUGACAAAAACAAACAUGUUACAUAACUAAAGCCAUAAUUGAUAAUGUUGUGAAGUAGCGUGGGAUUGUGGGAGAUGUUGUUUCCAUUGUUAAACAUCCGCCAGUGGCAAUGAAAAUCUAUCUGACAUGACUCAGGCAGAAAUCAGCAACGAGGUAAUGUAUUAAAGUUUUAUCCACAUUACUUUUAGUCACAUUCGCUGUUCUCCUGCCAUUGACAGGUGACCAAAUAAAACCUUGAAUAAAAAUACA